AUGCGCCUCUCCAUCAUCGCCCUAGCAGCAACCUGCCUCUCCCCCGCCUCCGCCGCCCUAAACUGGACUUUGCAAAAAGCCUCCAAUCCCACCGCCGACCAAAAAGACGCCUACGCCCGCAUCGAAAACGCCAUGCGCGCCGCCGUCGCCCGCUACCACCGCUACUCGGACGCCCAAAAAACCAUCCGCGUCUACUACUCCCCCGGCGUCCCGACCGCAGAGGCAAACUACAACGGCGACCUGCGCUUCGGCAGCGACCGCGCGUACAUGACUGAGCGGACCGCGAUGCACGAGAUCAGCCACACGUUGGGGGUGGGGCAGACGGCUGCGUUUGAUCGGAAGUGUAAGGCUGGGGAUUGGAAGACGGCGCUGCCGCUGUUGAGGAGUUGGGAUGGGCCGAGUGCGAAGAUUAAUUGUGGAGGCGGGCAUUUCUGGCCGUAUGGACUGAAUUAUGAGAAUGAGUGGAGCGAGACGAAUGCGAAUAGGCAUGUACAGCUUGUGCAGGCUAUGUUGAAGGAUGGGAUGUAA